AUGCCACGCAGCUCCCGACAAGUCUCCAUUCUCCUCUGUUUGGUGCUCGCUUUCAUAUUAACGCAAAAUUGCUUCGCCCAUGCUGCCUCUGUCGUCACUGGUACACCCCCAGGCUUCGCAUCCGGUACAACUGGUGGCGGCAAUGCUAAGGCUGUGUAUCCUACCACGAUCAAGGAACUUACUGCGUACCUUAGUGACAACACACCCCGCGUUGUCGUCCUGAAACAGCAAUUCAACUUUAUCAACACUGAGGGUUCAACUACCGAGAAAGGGUGCCGCCCCAAGAACAACCUCGACUGCAUCGCCAAGAAGAACGGAUUCCAAGGACAAGAUGCCAUCCAGCCAAGCUUCAGCAAAUGCGAUGGGUCUACAGUCGAUGUGACCUACGACAAAGCGGCCAUCACUCCUCUAACUGUUGGCAGUAACAAGACUCUGGUUGGCGAAGGCACGAAGGGCGUUCUAAACGGCAAGGGUCUCAUGAUCACCGGUAGCAACGUCAUCGUCCAGAACAUUCACAUCAACAACUUAAACCCGCACCUUGUGUGGGGCGGAGACGCUAUCACCAUCAGAGGAAACGGCAACGUUGCGCCGAAAGGUAUUUGGAUCGACCACGUGAAGGUCUCCAGUGUCGGACGUCAGAUGGUGGUCAUCAACUUCUCCGGAGCCACGGGCGUCACGAUCAGUAACUCGGACUUCGAUGGCAACACCAAGUACUCGUCAUCGUGCGACGGCCGCCACUACUGGGGUUUCUUGAUUCUAGGCAAGCAGACAGAGAUGAGUUUGCUGGGGAAUUAUAUGCACAAAAUGUCAGGUCGGUUUCCGAAAAUCGGAGGUCACGACGGAGAAGUUUCUGUCAUUCACGCCGCCAACAACUACUUCUUCGACGGCACAGGUCACGCAUUUGACGUGGCCACCGGAGGCUUUGUCCUUGCGGAGGGCAACUACUUUAACUCCGUUAGCACCCCGAACCAACCCGACCCAAAAGGAAGUAUUUUCAUUCCGAAUGCUGCCGGUGACUGUCAGGCGAGCAUCGGUCGUCCGUGCAAGUUGAAUGUUCUUACCAAGAGCGGCUCGUUUGUCAGCAACUCGAAAGACGCUGUGAUCAAGAAGAUCAGCAACUUGAAGAGUCGUAUCGGAAACACCAAGGUGGCUGAAGCAGGUUCUUUUUCGGCAGCGACCAAGAAUUUUGGCGUUGGGGCUCUUAAAGGUGACAGCGUAGUGCAAGCGAGUGUCAAGAUGAGUGCAGCAGCUACUGUCAGCGCCCCGAACGAUGAAAGCGCUCUUCAAACAAAUGUCAAGGAACCGACUAGGGUGAAAUAA